AUGGAAUCUGGAAAACGCAGUAAAAAUUUUUCUGAAAGAGAGAAGAUGCUGCUUAUUGUAGUAGCCAAAGAAUUUGUGGCUAUAAUAGAUAACAAAACGACGGACGGGACCACUCUAGAGGCCAAGAAGCAAGCUUGGAUGGCGCUUACAAACAAAUAUAAUGCUCUCUCUGAAACGGGAAUUAGGACUGAGAAGCAAUUACAUGCAUUGUACGACAAUUUAAAGAAAAAAGCUAGAAAAAAUUUAAGCGAUGAUAAGUCUGAGAUGUACAAGACAGGAGGUGGAACAUUUUGUCCUAAGACAACUGCGGUUGAUGAGAAAGUUGUGGCAUUGUUAACUCCACAAUUUAAAUCAUUGCCUAAUGAUUUUGACUCGUCAGCACCAUAUUAUAACAUAGAUAUUGUUGAAACACAAUUAUUAAAUAAUACACAGGGUUCUUCUGAAGACAACUGCAUAGUAUUGGGUGCAAAAGAAGAUUCUGUGCAUGAAAUCCUUUUAAGUCCUCAACAAGUUGAAGGUUGCAAAAGAAAAAUUUCACCUCUUCUGAAAGAUGUUGAAAGCACACCAAAAAAGAAGAUUUGUUUAACUGAAACAAAAAAAAAAAAGAACAUAAAUAACAUCAGUGCUUCAAUAAUAAAAAGAAAAAACCAAAAGCAAAUGAAUGAAGAUGCCAUAACAACCAAAAGAUUAGAAAUAUUGGAGAUUCAACUUCAACAUGAACAUAUGAAAUUAGAAAAAACAAAAAUAUUACUGGAUCUUGAUAUUGACUUAAAGAGGAAUCUUUUAGAAAAUGCAAAAAUGGACUUUUAA